GAAGCACGGGGGCGCUACGCGCGAGCGUGGCUCAAGGGAUUGAGGCCCAAGAGCUGAGGGGGGCUAAGCCCGGAAGCGUGGGUACGCACCAACCUCCGCAACGUGGCUUGCCCCAAGGGGCGAAAGGGCUUGAGGCUGAGGCGGAUAGGUGAAGCUCUGCGCAAUCGGCAGCGCAGCAUCAGCCGCAGCGACAGGCAGCCAAACCGCUGCCUGGGCGAAGCCUCAGUCGAGCCAAUCGUGCGAGCAUUCUCUCAGGUUCCGAUGGCAGGAGGCCACGGAGUUGGAGAGGAGGCCAUCUCGCCCUGUGCCUCUUGGCAAGGCCCCAACUUUAGUGUGAAACCCGCUGCGCCUGACCGCAGCAUGCACGAGCGCCACGUCAAAGUGUUGGAGGAGUUCAUGACGGCAGUGGGGCAUGAGCCAGUGGCGCUAGAGAAGACAGUUCUCAAGAGGCGCAAACGCGCAAUGCAGGCAGACAUUCUCCGCCAGAGCAAGAGGCCGGAUGAAACGAAGCUGCCGAUGCCACCAAUGCCAUCACUGCCGCACAGACCUGAAGAUGAGGGGGAGAGUGUGCUGGCUGGGCUUUGAUAGAUUGGGACAUUGCCAUGCUCCAAUCUAAGAACACGUACAGUUUUCUCGCACAUGCGUCAGAAUCAAAACAAAAGUGCGAGGCUUUUGGUCC